ACCUCAAGUCCAUACCGAAUUUACAUCGUAUUUUACAUGUAACAUGCAAUAACUGAGUAUGUGUUGACAUAAAUCGCUACAUGUGCGCUCUCUGUUCUCUCUCCCCCUCCCUAUAUAUAAAAAUCUCGCUGCUCAUCUCUCUCAAAUAUAUCCCACAAAACAAAAGCUCCCAAACAUGUCUCACCAAUCUUCGACUUGGUCCUCAAAGCUGAAAUUCUUCAACAAGAUCCGACGCUUCAUGCAGCCGAGAAGUUCCCCCAAGCAAUCCGCCCCGUCCGAUCACGAUCCGAUAAAACAAAAUGAAUCGAUGAUAGUAGUGAAGGUGGCAGAGGAAGGUGGCUGUGGAGUGUUGCAGAGGUCAGUGAAGAGGCUUCAUUUCGGAAAUUUCGAAGAGAAGGAGGGGGCGGCGGAGGAUAUUAUUCGACUGGCACGAGACAAUUUGAGACGUCGGAAAAUGAUGGCGGAGCUCGGAGUUAUUCCGCCGUUGGUGGAAAUGGUCGGUUCGGAGGUGCUGACAAGAAGAAGCUUGGCGGUUCGAGCGCUCAUCGAGCUUGCUAAUGGGACUUACACGAACAAAGCUCUCAUGGUUGAGUCCGGAAUCUUAUCCAAACUACCCGAAAACAUCGGUGUUUUAGAGGAGCAAACAAGGCAUGAAUUUGCACAACUAGUCUUGUCUAUCUCUUCCCUACACAACAGCCAAGUCCCGAUAAACUUGUCGAAGAUUGUCCCACUUGUGAUCUCCAUUAUUGAAUCAGAUUCGAAUUUUGCAACAAAACAACUCUGUUUAGGUACAUUGUACAAUCUUUCCACUAUGCUAAACAAUGCAGGAACUUUGGUGUCGAAUGGCGUAAUAAACAAUCUCCUAAGAUACUCCUCUGUCAAAGAAACAUCAGAAAAAGCCCUGGCGACUCUAGGGAACUUGGUAGUGACCUUAAUGGGGAAAAAGGCUUUAGAAAGUAAUCUUUUGGUCCCCGAAAACUUAAUUGAGAUUAUGACAUGGGAAGAUAAGCCGAAAAGCCAAGAGUUGUCUAUUUAUAUUCUGAUGGUAUUAGCACACCAGAGCUCGAUGCAGAGACUGAAAAUGGCCGAAGCAGGGAUUGUUCAUGUUCUCCUCCAAGUGUCAUUGUUAGGUACCACCUUGGCGCGGAAAAGGGCACUUAAAUUGCUGCAAUGGUUUAAGGAUGAAAGGCAAACAAGAAUGGGACCUCAUUCAGGGCCACAAACUCGAAGGCUGUCGAUUGGUUCACCUAUAAAUCAUAAUGAGGCACGCGAAGGAAAGAGGUUGAUGAAGAACAUGGUUAGACAAAGUUUGUAUAAGAAUCUGGAAACGAUUACUCGUCGUGCCAAUGCUGAUGAGGGUUCUUCUAAGCUCAAGUUCUUGGCUACAAGUUCAAGCUCCAAGAGUUUGCCUUAUUAGAUUUACUUUACAAUGUGCUAAGAUUGUGAUGUCCUCAAGUGAUGAGAAAUGGUAUCAGGGAUGGUUUUUUUCCCCACAGAGGUGCUUUUUUGUGUGCAGUUUGUGGCUUUGUAUAUGGCAGAAAAAUGUUCUGUUUUUACAUUCUUCUUUUAAUCGAAAAACUCAUAUACCGUUUGGAAUUUA